CGUGAACUGGUAAAGCACCAAAUGUUCUACCCAAGAUGAAGUUAAGGGACAAACAAGCUAGACCCGAGGGAGAGAUCAAAAAGGAGACGUUGCAGGAGGAAGUUCAAAAGGGGGCAAUUCAAAAAUGAGGCACAGGCCCCGACUAGUUUGAAAGGCCUCACAACAGUGGUGAGACAGACACAUGUCUGUUUAUGGAAGAGAAAUUUGUGACUCAGAAAAGUUUAGUAACUGGAUCAAAGUUACUGAGACAACAGAAGCAGAGCCAGGCCUCAAACCCAGGUCUUCUGAUGCCAAAGCCAGCAUUCUUUCUUGUACACCACAGCUGCCAUCUGGAACUUGGGAUUACCAUAAAAUUGGUAAACACAAUUAUAUACUUAAUGUUUGAAAGAGGAAUGAAGGGUAAACGUUCCUUAGACUCUUACUACUGAGGAAACCAGACCAGCCAUUCAAGUGAUGAACCCUGUGACAUCUAACGACUGCUGAGCUUUCAGCUAUCAUGUAAGAAGCCUGCCUACCCUGGGGCCACCACAUGGAGUGACCACAUACUUACAUAUAGAGAGAGAUGGCCCAGAGUUCAAGUCUCCAGCUAUUGAAGGCUUCCAUCCUGGGUAACAGACAAUUGAAUGAAGAAGACUUUGAGAUGCUGUCAGCCCCAACCAUUGUCUGACCACAACUACGUGAGGGACCUGCAUGCAGUCAGAACUACCAGCUGAGCCAAGCUGACCUCCAGACUUACUGUGAAAUGGCACCAGGGAGCACUUUCAGCAACAGGCAGAAGUGUGUGCAUGUGCUGGACCAGACCUGAAACAUUUGUCCCUUCAACCUGUCAUCCUUCUUGAAGUUAACCGGCAGCCGAGACGUUCUGACAGGACACCACCAGGAUGCCGCCCAAGAAAGUGCAAAUCCAAGUGGAGGAAAAAGAAGAUGAUACUGAGGAAAGUUCAAGUGAAGAGGAGGAGGAGGAGGAAGACAAACUACCUCGAAGAGAGAGCAUGAGACCGAAGAGGAAACGGACCAGAGAUGUUAUCAAUGAAGAUGACCCAGAACCUGAACCAGAGGAUGAAGAAACGAGGAAGGCCAGAGAAAAAGAGAGAAGGAAGAGGUUGAGGAGAGGAGCGGAAGAAGAAGAAAUUGAUGAAGAGGAAUUGGAAAGAUUGAAGGCAGAGUUAGAUGAGAAUAGACAAAUGAUUGCUACUGUCAAAUGCAAGCCUUGGAAAAUGGAGAAAAAAAUUGAAGUUCUCAAGGAAGCAAAAAAAUUUGUGAAUGAAAAUGAAGGGGCUCUUGGGAAAGGAAAAGGAAAACGGUGGUUUGCAUUUAAGAUGAUGAUGGCCAAGAAAUGGGCAAAAUUUCUUCGUGAUUUUGAGAACUUCAAAGCUGCUUGUGUCCCCUGGGAAAAUAAAAUCAAGGCAAUUGAAAGUCAGUUUGGCUCAUCAGUGGCCUCAUACUUCCUCUUCUUGAGAUGGAUGUAUGGAGUAAAUAUGGUUCUCUUUAUCCUGACAUUCAGCCUUAUCAUGUUGCCAGAGUACCUCUGGGGUUUGCCAUAUGGCAGUUUACCUAGGAAAACGGUUCCCAGAGCUGAAGAGGCAUCGGCAGCCAACUUUGGUGUGUUGUAUGACUUCAGUGGAUUGGCUCAAUAUUCUGUCCUCUUUUAUGGCUAUUACGACAAUAAACGAACAAUUGGAUGGAUGAAUUUCAGACUGCCACUAUCCUAUUUUCUGGUGGGGAUCAUGUGCAUUGGAUACAGCUUUCUGGUUGUCCUUAAAGCGAUGACCAAAAAUAUUGGUGAUGAUGGAGGUGGUGACGACAACACUUUCAACUUCAGCUGGAAGGUGUUCACCAGCUGGGACUACCUGAUUGGCAAUCCUGAAACAGCAGACAACAAGUUCAAUUCUAUCACGAUGAACUUUAAGGAAGCUAUAAUAGAAGAAAGAGCAGCCCAAGUAGAAGAAAACGUCCACUUGAUCAGAUUCCUGAGGUUUCUUGCUAACUUCUUCGUGUUUCUAACACUUGGCGGGAGUGGAUACCUCAUCUUUUGGGCUGUGAAGCGAUCCCAGGAAUUUGCGCAGCAAGAUCCUGACACCCUUGGGUGGUGGGAAAAAAAUGAAAUGAACAUGGUCAUGUCCCUCCUGGGGAUGUUCUGUCCAACAUUGUUUGACUUAUUUGCUGAAUUGGAAGACUACCAUCCCCUCAUCGCUCUGAAAUGGCUCCUGGGACGCAUUUUUGCUCUUCUUUUAGGCAACUUGUAUGUAUUUAUUCUUGCCUUGAUGGAUGAGAUUAACAACAAGAUUGAAGAGGAGAAGCUAGUAAAGGCCAAUAUUACCCUAUGGGAAGCCAACAUGAUCAAGGCCUACAAUGCAUCACUCACUGGAAAUACCACUGGGCCACCCUUUUUUGUGCACCCUGCAGAUGUACCUCGAGGACCCUGCUGGGAAACAAUGGUGGGGCAGGAAUUUGUGCGGCUGACUGUUUCUGAUGUUCUGACCACCUAUGUCACAAUUCUCAUUGGGGAUUUUCUCCGAGCAUGUUUUGUGAGGUUUUGCAAUUACUGCUGGUGCUGGGAUUUGGAAUAUGGAUAUCCUUCAUACACCGAAUUUGACAUCAGUGGCAAUGUCCUGGCUCUGAUCUUCAAUCAAGGAAUGAUCUGGAUGGGCUCCUUCUUCGCUCCCAGCCUCCCGGGCAUUAAUAUCCUUCGGCUCCACACGUCCAUGUACUUCCAGUGCUGGGCUGUGAUGUGCUGCAACGUUCCCGAGGCCAGGGUGUUCAAAGCUUCCAGAUCGAAUAACUUCUACCUGGGAAUGCUCUUGCUCAUCCUCUUCUUGUCCACCAUGCCCGUCCUGUACAUGAUCGUGUCCCUCCCGCCAUCUUUCGAUUGUGGCCCCUUCAGUGGCAAAAAUAGGAUGUUUGAAGUCAUUGGAGAAACACUGGAACAUGAUUUUCCAAGCUGGAUGGCAAAGAUCUUGAGACAGCUUUCUAAUCCUGGAUUAGUCAUUGCUGUUGUUUUGGUUAUGGUUUUGACUAUCUAUUAUCUCAAUGCUACUGCAAAGGGCCAGAAGGCAGCAAAUCUGGAUCUAAAAAAGAAGAUGAAACAGCAAGCUUUGGAGAACAAACUGCGAAACAAGAAAAUGGCAGCUGCACGAGCAGCUGCAGCUGCUGGAGGCCAGUAAUUUUCAUGGAUAUUCUGGAGGCCCAGAAGUAUUCCUCACCAUACUGUUCAAAAGCAGUGACUUAUGUGAAGGCCCAGAGAACAAACAUGGAGAGUUGCUAUUUCCCUUUUCUAAACCAGGUGGAUUAUCAAGGUCACGCUGGUCAAUCAAGGCAUCACCAGUCCUAGUAAAAAAAGAAGGAUCUCUACCUUAUUCCAAAUCAGGGAUUUGUUCCUGCACCACCACUUUCUCCCCUGAGCCAGUCCUCUCACAUUUUCUUUAACAAAUUGAGUUUAAAAUUGUGUGUGAUGGAGAAGUAUGGAUUACUGGCUUACUCGUUGGGUUAAUUUAAAAACCUUUUACUCAUAUGGACUUUCAUUUUAUAGAUAUCUUCUGCCCUAGUUUUCUUAGCCUGGAAACAGGAAUAUUUC